GGGAGGGGGGGCUGUCGCUUGAGAGGGAGCGAACGAGGUGGAGAGCGCGCGCGGGAAGAGGAUGCUACAUUUCUUCUGAAUGAUCGCACCAGGUUUUGGAAUGAAUGAAUGACAUGGAGGCUCGAUGCACAGCUCGAACCCUGCAGGUGGUGGAUACAGAGUAUAGUGCAGAUGCUGUAGAGUGGUGCCCCAUUGAAACAUGGCACAAUGUACUGACUUGUGGCACUUAUCAACUGAAGAAUCCCAAUGAGAAGGGUGCAGGAGACUCUGAAAGCAAUGAGCCCCAUUUGAGACAUGGGCGUCUUUAUCUUUACUGUUUCAAUGAGGAUCAGCACUAUUCUCCACUAACAGAGAUACAGAGGAUUGAAAUGCCAGCAAUAUUAGAUCUCAAAUGGUGUCAUAUAUCAGUGGCAGGGCAUCCUGUUCUUGGCAUUGCGAAUGCUGAGGGAAGUCUGGAACUGCGUAGUCUGACACAAUGUGAGAAAAACAGCUGCUUGUUGGAGCCAUUGUGCAGUGUUAGAAUAGGCCCAGAAUGCCUUGCUCUUUCGCUGGAUUGGUCAACGGGAAGAGAACAUGAGCCGCUGAAAAUCAUCAGUAGUGACUCAAAAGGCUACCUGAGCCUCCUUUCUGUGGAUGGGUGUAGAUCAGCACUAGAUAUAGUCUCUCGCUGGAAGGCACAUGACUUUGAGGCUUGGAUUGCAGCUUUCAACUACUGGAACACAGAUUUUGUUUAUUCAGGUGGAGAUGACAGCAAGCUCAAAGGCUGGGAUAUGAGGAUGGGGACUGAGAGACCAAUUUUCAUCAGCAAUGGGCACUCAAUGGGAGUGUGCAGCAUCCAAAGCAACCCCCACAAAGAACAUAUCCUGGCUACAGGAAGUUAUGAUGAACAUGUUCUUAUCUGGGAUUCCCGGCAGAUGAAACAGCCUUUGGCAGAUACUCACGUCCAUGGAGGUGUCUGGAGAGUGAAGUGGCAUCCAACUCAAGAGAAUCUGCUGCUUGCAGCAUGCAUGCACAAAGGGUACCACAUCUUGGACUGUGAGGGGGUGCAUAAUGACUUUUUAGCAGCUGCUCAUGACAAAGGAAUCCCUAUUCUUUAUUCCUAUAUAUUGCACAACUCAUUGGCUUACGGAGCAGAUUGGUCAAGACUAUCACUUCACCCACAGCUCAACGCUGACCAUCGCCCCGUAUCAUCAUCAUCUGCAAUUCAGAGCAAAACUGAACAUGAGCAAGGGGUAAAGGAAGCUAAGGUCAAGUUCCAGCACCUGAAGAUUCAAUAUGAGUCUCCCACUGGCUUAUUUGAUAUGGUUGUGGAAGAUGAAUCAGAUGAUUAUAGAGAUGAGUUGCCUGACAGUUUGCAGGCCAGUGGUACAUCUCUCCAACUGAAUAUGGACCCUAUAGUAAAGCAGCACAAUCCUGACUCUGGUGUAAAUUGGACUAAAAGUAAAGCCAGUCUUUUGGCUACAUGUUCUUUUUAUGACCAUAUCUUGCAUGUUUGGAGAUGGGAAAGAAGUAAUAUUGUCAUCUAGUUGACAUUUCAUGAAAAAUUCAUUUUUAAAGUAUUAAAUUUGCAAAACUGAUGUAUGGAGGAGGAGUAGAGAUGGACUUGUUGGUUUUGAUGUACUAUAGCAAUAUUACAAGGUCAGGCACUUGUGACAAAGGUGGAGUAAUUUUCCAAUAUAAAUGUGGCAGAUUUAUGUGACUGGCGUUUCCUGACCUGAGUCCAGCAGGACUCCAGGUAUAUCUAAAUAUACCAUUAAUUAGUCAGUUACAUGAAACAUUUAAUACUUUAAUGGUCUGUAAAUAAUCCAGAAACAUGAUAUGAAUUGUAAAACCAGCAACCUCUAUAGCCUUUGUGGUGGCACCGGGCAUACCAAAAGAGGUUAAAACCAAAAUUAAAUGAGUGGUUUUUGGAAGACAUCCAAAUCUGAUUUCUUUGUUAUUAUUUGUGAUUUUAAAAAAAAUUCUUAAGUUUUUGGUGUCAUACCUAUCUAUACCUCAGGCAAUCGGACAAAAGUUGGUGCUUCACAAACUUAGCUUGGACAAUGAUGUGUGGCUAGUAAAACAUCAUUUAAACUGGAAUAACUUUUGUGGUGAGAUGAGAAUCUAUGCAAUUGAUCCUCUUUGAAACAAACCGUAACCCUUUAGUCCUGUGGGCUUUGCUCUGUAAAAUCUCAAAUCUCACCAAGUUCUUGUUGAAGGCUGCUUUGGGAUUUGCUGCAAAUCCAUUGUAGUCGGGUAUGAAUAAAUUAAUUUUACUGAA